AUGAAAGAGUUCCUUCUACCUGUUCUGUUGCUCUGCGCACUUUGUAGAGCAUCUGUGCAGUACCCUUUUGAAGAAUCACUAGAAUUCAAGCCUCUUGAACGCAACAACCUGCUUGCGUCGUUUAAUUUCAGGAUCAAUUCAACAGAGUUUGAGUUGUACGAGCCGGAUGACAAAACGUUCCAUUAUUCUACAUUUUCCAAGCUUUUGGGGCCUAUUCUCCGGGAAACAAAUACAAGGGAACUACAUCUUCGGUUUAGUCAGGGAUGGUACGAUCCUGAAGUUUAUGGGGAACUCCCGUUGAAAGGAAAACACAGUGGGGGGACAGGUGUUGAAUUGUGGGCGCUUCUUGAAGGCCAGAACGAAGAGUCUGUCUUCAAAGACUGGAUCAAACUGGUUAACUCGCUGUCGGGUCUUUUUUGCGCCUCCCUGAAUUUCAUCGACUCUUCAUCGACAACCUAUCCAGCGACGGUAUUCCAGCCAGCAGCUCCUGUGUUGGACCAAGGUCUGUCCUUGAAAAAUGAUCUUUUUCUCCUGAGAAGCGCUUUACCCAGAGAACCUGUUUGCACUGAAAAUCUGACGCCCUUUUUAAAACUCCUGCCAACGAAAGGCAAAGCAGGAAUCUCAUCAUUGCUCACCGGUCACAAAGUUUUUAACUCGCAGUGGUCCUCUAUGUCGAUUGAUGUCACUACCCACUGCUCAGGAACAAAAUGUCAUUACGAAAUGGAACAAUUCAUCAACUUGAUAUUGGAUGUACCGAUGACGUUGGAGCGUAACAGAAUGCCUAUCCCCAAACCUACCCCUGGCUCGGAAUUGAAAUGCGACCCGACAAAACCGUUCGACGCAUUCCAUUGUUUUCCUCUGGAUGAUAUCUCACAGCUGGAGUUCUCGUUGACCGACCUCUUCGGCAAGAAAAUCCAAGGUGGUGCAUUGCUUGCGUCACGGCCAACUAAAGUUUGUGCGGAUCUCAAUUUGGAUUCUUGGAGCAUGGAAGUUCAGACUGACAUCCAGACAACACCAACUUUGGAGGGAGAAAAGACCUGCUUUGUGAUCGAAGAUACAAAUGAGUACAAUGUGCUGUUCAAAGUAAAAGACACAAAAAGGAUCAAGCCUUUGAAAAGUCCUCCAAUCUUUGCUUCCAGAUCUCUCUCUGGCUACUCGCAGGAUUCUGGCGGGUUCAGAAUAGAUGUGAAAAAUCCUACCGAUCAAGACUCGGACAUCGUUAUUUUCGAAUCGAUACCAUGGUUUGUCCGCAUUUAUCUCCACACCCUGACUUUAACCAUUAAUUCAACGAUUACACACAUUGUAUCGGAUCCACAGUUUGACCAAUACGUCAAAGGCAUAAUAUAUAAUCCAGCAAUUGACAGACAAAAGCCGUCUCACUUGGAAUUGCUCGUCAGCAUCCCUGCGCACACAAAGAUCAAACUUUCCCUCGAGUUUGAUAAGGCCAUGCUAUUGUAUGCCGAAUACCCACCGGACGCAAAUCACGGUUUCGAGAUUGAACCGGCUGUGAUUUCUGUCCUCGAUCGCGACUCGCAUAAAGUAGUCUACGAAAUGAGAACUACAACAGCACUACUAACUCUUCCGACGCCCGACUUUUCGAUGCCAUACAAUGUCAUUAUUCUAACCUCUACAGUGAUGUCGUUGGCUUUUGGUUCCAUUUUCAAUCUCUUGACAAAGCAAACAGUGACAGAGGAAGAAGCCGAGUCGAGGGCGAAGGAAAGCAGGGUCACCAGAUUAAGAUUCACAAUUAAACAACGCGUUCAGCGCAUCAAAAGUUUACUUAGACGUUCAUAA